CACUGAUUUUUGUUCAGUCACGCCUGGGGAAUGGUAUAAGAAGCAACUGCGAAACAAUCCCAUCAUCAGUCUCAGAUUUUGCCUCUGCAAAUUAGAUCAUAAUGAAAUCAGUCACAGUACCUAUUUUUCUACUGGCUUUAGCUGUACAAACAAGCUUAGCGGGAGUCAUUUCCGAUCAGAACUACAACAACCAACAAAACUACGAUCAGGAAAAGCAAGAAACUUUUAACCAUCAAGAACAUUCUGAUUACGGAUCCAAUGAUAUAGGGGACCAUGAAGCUCAAAUAAGUCAACAAGCCACAGGAGGCGAACACGGAGGAGGUGAUUAUGGUGGUGACCACGGUGGAUAUGGCGAUCAACAAGGCUGGACAGGAUACUCUGGCGAAGCAGGCCACGACGGUGGAGCUCAACAAAGCCAUGCAUCUUUGGAAAACCUUGGAAACCUUGGCAGCCUUAUAUCCCAUGGUAUUAACUUAGGAGGACACGAUGCUGGUCAUGAGGGUGGCCAUGAUAUAGGAGGUGCAGAUCUACACCCCCAAGUCGAAGUCCAACAUGAUCACAUCCCAACUCACACUAUCGAAAAAACAAAAGAAGUACCAGUAACCGUAGUCAAGAAAAUCGGAGUGCCAGUACCUCACCCAGUCGGCGUUCCCACACCACAAAUCAUUAAAGUACCCGUUCCACAACCUUAUGCAGUACAUGUUCCAGUACCACAUCCAAUUGCAGUACCAAUUUACAAACUGGUACCACAAGAAAUUGAGAAGAGGGUACCCAUUCAUGUAGAAAAAUUAGUUCCAGUUUACGUAGAAAAACCAGUGAAAAUCGAAAUUGAGAAACACCAUGUAGAGUACUACGAUAAACCUUACCCCGUUCAUGUUCCUGUAUACAAGCAUGUUUUGCACACGAGUGGCCACAAAAAAUGGUAAAGACUGUUUUUAGUCUACGACUGAUGAAUAUAAUGUAGGUUUUAAUUUGCUUAACUAGUUCUAUGAAUGCCAUUUCAGAAUUUAAAAAUCUGAACUUGUUAUUGUUUUUUGUUAUUAUUUUGUUAUUUUUUUAUUAAACAGAUUAUUAAAAAAUUUAAAAGUG